AUGUCAGCUGCUUGGAGUGUGACGGUGCUGUCGCUGCUGCUGGCUGUGGUCGCCGUUGUCAACAAGCUUGCGCCCGAGGCAUAUAUGGACGAGCCAUUCCAUGUUCCUGCCACGCAACGCUACUGCGCGGGCGACUUUACCACGUGGGACCCCAAGAUCACCACCUUCCCGGGGCUGUACGUCGUCGGCGCCGCCUAUGCAUGGCUGGCGCGCGGGCUGGCAGGCUGGGCGGGCAUAAGGAUGGAAGUAGCCUGCUCCACGGCCUACCUGCGCAGCCUCAACGCCAUCCUCGCGCUCGCCUGCCUGCAGCUGGCGCACGCGGUCAGCUACGAGCUGCAGCGACGCUGCUGGGGACGCACGGCUGUCGGGCGGCGGCGGCAGCGGUUGCAGGACGAGGUGCAACAAGGCGGCCAGCAGCACAACAACCAGCAGCACGCCGCCCACCACCAGCAGCAGCAGCAGCAGCAGCAACAGCAGCAGCAGCAGAGGGGGGCGCAACAGCCGAGCAACGCUGACGAGGUGGCCAUGCGGCGGAGCGCGCUGGUGCUCGCACUGGUGGUGUCGCUGCUUCCCACGCACGCAUUCUUUGCCUUCCUGUACUACACAGACGUGGCCUCAAUGGCCGCACUGCUGCUGACGCAGCUGCUGCUGCUGCGCGGCAUGGUGCGCGGCGGUGCGUUGGCUGCAGCAGUCGCAGUGGGCAUGCGGCAGACCAACGCUGUGUGGGUGACGCUUAUGAUUGGGGGUGCUGUGCUUGAAGACCUUCUGGAGGGGGAUGGGCAGGGGCAGGGGGGUGCACAGCAGCAGCAGCAGCAGCAGCAGCAGGGCGGACAGACUGCCGCCAAGGAGGGAUACUACGGCGGCGAAGCCAUUGGCGGAGGUGCAGCGGACGCGACACCACAGGAUUUGUCCUUGAUAGAGGAGCUCUCGGCCGCACUGCCACGCACAUGGCGUUUCCGGCAGCAGCUUCUGGAGCGGUAUGGCCCACUGCUGCUCGUGCCGGCCGCGUUUGCUGCGUUCGUGGUGUGGAAUGGUGGCGUCACAGUGGGGGACAGGGAGGCGCAUGCGCCGGUCAAGCACUUGGCGCAGCCCCUGUACUUCGGUCUGUUUGCCCUCGCCGCUGCCGGCCCGCUGCUGCUUGCGCCGGCCGCUGGCGGCGGUGCACCUGCGCUGCUGGCGGCCGUGCGGCGGCGGCCAGUGCUUGAGGCAGCGGGAACGCUCGUUGCAGUGGCCGCUGCGGCGCUCGCCGUUCGCCGGGGCACGCUGGCGCACCCCUACCUGCUGGCGGACAACCGUCACUACACCUUCUACCUCUGGCGCCGCGUCAUGGCCCGCCACUGGGCUGCGCGCUACGCCCUUAUACCCGCCGAGCUGCUGGGCUGGCGCCUGCUGCUGGGCGGCCUGGCCGCGCGGCAGCGGCGGCUGUGGUGCGCAGCGUACGCUGCCGCGGUGGUUGUGACGCUAUUGCCGGCCUGGCUGGUGGAACCGCGCUACUUCACGCCCGGCCUGGUGCUGGGGCUGCUGCACCUCUGGUCGCCAGGCACUGCGGCAGCAGCUGGAGGUGGGGCGCGGGCGGCAGCACGCUGGAAUGCGUGCGCUCUGCUAGCGACGGGGUUAGGGUAUGCGGCUGUGAAUGCAGCGGUCCUGUACAUGUUCCUGGCGCGGCCGUUCUCUUGGCCAGACGGCAGCGUAGCGCGAUUCAUGUGGUAG